GAAACCACGCUGCUCCAAGGCUACAGUCCCACCGCCAGGAACGGGAUGCAGCAUGGCACCUUUAUAGGCUGAGGAUGCCCUCGUAAAUCUGAGCCACCUGGACAACACUGAACACAAAUUACAGGGAAUAACAAGACUUUGUGCAGAUAACCCCUGGGAUUUGUGUGGAGGGGGGCAUGCACCGUGCGUUCUCCUUCCCGGUGACUGUGGAGCGCAGCCGGACCAAGGAGCGCCUGGAGGCGAGUCUGGCCGGGCUGUGCGAGCUGGAGCUCCGCAAGCGGAGGCAGGAGUGUCUGGUACUGGGGGCGCUGGCUCUGGGGCAGCCGCCGGCCCGGGACAGCUCCAGAGGAGAGCUGGCAUGCUUCAGCAGCUGGGGGCAGGAGAACUUGACACUGAGGCGUCAGCUGUUUUAUAACCGAGCCCCUGCAUCUUUUCUACCAUUAGGAGACCCCAUCAUGUUGAAUGGAGAAGCGGAUGCGCCAUCUCUGCGCACCUCUCUGCCACGUUCUUUCUCUGCCCCUUACCCACCUCUGGAGGGCAUCGCUGAGGAGGGCGCAGCAGUGGACCCCUGGCAGGUGGACCCCAGCGGAGCCAGCCAAGCCUGGCAGCAGCAGCCUGCAGAGGAUGAGGUCACUGAGGAGGAUUACCAGCUGGCUUUGAGGGUCGAGAAUUACAUCCUAAGUCUCAUCCAUCGUCAUACCCUCUCACCACGACCAUGUCAGCCUCGCACCACCCUGAGCCCUGACCCCCCAUACUGCAGUGUUUCCGCCCACAGCUCCCUACACAGGAGGACUCCCUCUCUUACGACAGAGCAACGCCUUCCUGACCCCCAUCUACAGCCGCAUGUUGACCUUUUAGCAAACCCCAAGAGGCAGAGCUGGGGUUGUGACCAGCUAGAGGGGGAGGCCUGUGGAGGAGAGGCCCCGUCUUUGGAGGAGGACUGUUAUCUGGCCCUGCCCUACCCCCAGUCCAGACCACAGUCCCUGGCUGGGAGGCUUCCAUCACCUCUGCCCUCCCUGGACCCCAACUGUGGUGUUGGGGCUCUUGACCUUUGUUGUGAACCCGCAUCCCCCCAGCAUUAUCUACAUCCACAACCCCCUAUUCAUCACAAGCACAAUUUAGUAAGUGCUCAGUAUAUCCCCGGACAAGCCUGCCAUGCCCCUGUUCGUUCCCCCAGACACUACCAUCCAGAGCAGCCUAAACCCAACCGAGCUGCUUCCUCUCCUGACCACCCUAACCCCAAGUUGAGACCCUCAAAGAAGAGCCACAACGAGCGACAGAGAUCCAAGAAGUCAAGCAGCAAAACCAACCGAUCCCAGUCAGAAAACAGUCUCCUGAGCCAGCGAGUGCUGCCUGAGCGCAGGUACAGCACCACUGAGAGGCACCAGGGCAGAGGGGAUGUUGCUCAGAACCAAGGCCAGGUUGCAGGCCCACAGGUCGGCAUCGGGGGUCAACGCUGGUGCUCCAACCUGGAGCUCAGCCAGGAUGAGGGGGAGACCCGUGCAGGGCAGCCACAGAGACGACCACCUCGUAAAGCUCGCCAUGGUCACUCAUGUCCCCUUUCCCAACCCCAGAACUACCGUCAACAGCAGCUUCAACACAAUGAGCGCUGGCACCAGGACCUUCAGGAGAGAGCACCUCUCUGUCGGGGGGAGGAGGGCUACAGCAGGGCUGCCCCCGCAGAGUCUGAGUCCAGCAUGAGUGAGGUGUAUUCCCCGGCCUCCAGCUCUCUGUCCAGUGACUCCGACGAGAGCGGGGGACUGGUGUGGCCCCAGCAGCUGCCACCGCGCCUUGCCUCUACCUCCUCUUCAUCCUCACCUUCACCACAAGCCGCUGCCAACGCCCCCUCUCAACCAAAAGCCUUUGUCAAGAUCAAAGCAUCUCAUGCUCUGAAGAAGAAGAUCCUUCGAUUCCGCUCAGGGUCCCUCAAAGUCAUGACGACGGUGUAAGGACACGAUCUAUCCUGUUUUAAACCCAUAACUUUUUCUACUGUGUCAUUAAGCCAUUGUCAGAGCAACAUUGUGGCUGCUACUUUUGGACACAAUAAUAAUGUAUUGCUGCUUUCAGACUGAACUGCGUCGAUUAUGUUUCUAACACUUGACCGACACAAAACUGAAACAAACAAAAAGAAUACAAAUAUCUCAAGAUGAGAAAGAGGAGCCAUAGAUGUAGAAUACACAGUCGAAGACAAGAGCCUCGGUGAUUAGGGCCAAAGCAGGUGUCAAUGUGCUGUUAAGAACAACAUGAUUUUUGCAGCAGAAUCACGUUAUUCAAUCAAUUGAUCAUUGAUUUAUGAUCAAUUGAUUGAAUCCUUGAUCAGAAUAUAUGACACCUAGUUUUUAUCACUCCACUGCUGGUGACGUGCAACACUGACACAAUGAUGUCACCUCUAGUUUCUCCUGGUUCUUCUGGUACCUUCUGUCCCGACUGAAAACUUUUAUUUAGAAAGAAUCUGAUUCACAGGUUGUUAUUCAAAGUGAUGCCCAAGGUCCCCCAACAGGGUCCACAGCUAUGACAACAUCUGUUCCCUGAUUGGUUGAUAUACGAUCUCCCACAAUCCAUCUUAUAUCCUGCUGCUCCACCCCUCGCCUGAAUGAUCCAGACAUUUUCCUUUUGUGUGAAUGUGUCUGACGUUAACAGUCUCCUGCUGCAUUUUUCAAUUGUGAAAAGCAAAGUAUGGAAACUGUCUGGACCCAAUUUUUGGGAAAUCUUCUGGGAACAGCCAAUGUGAACUCUACCUCUACCUACCUCUAAUUACAAUAUGUUCUUAGUGAGAGACACUGAUGUGAUUGAAGAUCUGCAGUGUCUGUGGUGAUUAAAUUCGUUCUGUACAUGACAUGAUGCCAAGUUACUCUGAAGCUAAGUGACUGAAUAUGCUGCCAGUUUUUUUUAUCACUUGAUGUCAUUUGGCCUUAUCAUAGAUGUAUUUGUGGAGUUGGCCGAUCACAACUCUAAACGACUGAUGUUAUUACAGUGCAACCGGUAUAUUGUUCAAAGUGUCAAGUUCUGCUCAACACCAAAACUAUAAAUGAGAAAAACAUGUUUUAUGGCUUUUCUAAGAAAUUUGGGUGAAUUUUUCAAAAUUGCAAAUUCCUAAUUUUCUCACAUCAGCACCACGUUACAUUAUUGUAUUCAGGAAACUUCUUGGUGAUGAUGUAAAAAUGAUUAGGAGGCAUUAUUAUUGAGAAAAAUCUCAUCCAAGAAGCUAUAAACUUAUAAUUUGUGCUAAGACUAUUUUACAGCAAAUCCUGUUUUCAGUAUUUAAGAGGAAAAUCUCUCAUCUGUUCAAAGGUCGUUGUUCACAUUUGGUUUUCUUACGAUUAAAAAAAAAUCUGUGAACCUGUGAAUCUCUGAGCAGGGAAUACAUGCAUAUCCCUUUAUCAUAAAUGUUAAAUGUGGAUUCACAUUUUUAAGUGAAUGUUUCUCCUGCUGCUGGCUGCUUUCAGGGCCAAUGAGCUUAAAUAAACAGACCUGUGAGUCAGGUGAGGAUCCAUAUAAAGGGAUCAGUGUACAUGCAUGCAUCCACAUAUAUAUGUUUAUAAGUGCACAAAUUCAUUGACACAGGGGCACAAAUGAACUCACUCUUGUAAAUAUGUAUGAUUUUGUACAUACCAUAAUGUGGCCUUGUUUGGAUUGAAUGUAGUUUUUAAAUAAAGGUAAUUUCUCUCUUAA